UUUUCAAACGGGAACUUAGCAAAGCGGCAGCCACUCUACCACUUGCCGGAGCUUCGAACAGAGAGACAAAGGGGACAUGUGACCGUUUCCUGGACCCCCAGCACACGCAGGGACCGAAGACCUCAGCCUAGGACCAUGGCCAAUGCUGAGCACCCUGGGAGCCCUGGCUGGACGGGACCCACGACCCAGUGCACAGUGAGGACCAAGCAGGAAGCACCGGCCACAGGCCCCGAACUCCCACGUCCAGGACUGGAAGGACACCUAGACGGCCCCAGCGGGCUGAGCUCCAACUCCAACAUGACCACGCGGGAGCUGCAGGAGCACUGGCGGAGCGAGAAGGGCCACUGGAAGCCCGUCAAGCUGCUCUUUGAGAUCGCCUCGGCCCGCAUCGAGCAGAAAAGGAUCUCCAAGUUUGUGAUGUACCAGAUCGUGGUCAUCCAGACAGGCAGCUUCGACAGCAACAAAGCUGUCCUAGAACGGCGCUACUCGGACUUUGAGAAGCUGCAGAAAAGCCUGCUGAAGACAUACGGGGAGGAGAUCGAGGAUGUGGUCUUCCCCGGGAAGCGCCUGACAGGCAACUUCACGGAGGAGAUGAUCGGCGAGCGCAGGCUGGCGCUCAGGGAGUAUCUGCAGCUGCUGUACGCCAUCCGCGCCGUGCGCCGCUCCCGCGAGCUCAUCGACUUCCUCACGCGGCCCGAGCUGCGCGAGGCCUUCGGCUGCCUGCGCGCCGGGCAGUACGCGCGCGCCCUGGACACACUGCUGCGGGUGGUACCGCUGCUGGAGCGGCUCACCCGGCACUGCCCUGCCGGGCUGGUCCCCGCGCUCUGCGCCAUGCUUGUGUGCCACCGCGACCUGGAGCGGCCCGCCGAGGCCUUCGCAGCGGGAGAGAGGGCCUUGCGCUGCCUGCAGGCCCGCGAGAGCCACCGCUACUACGUCCCGCUGCUGGAGGCCAUGGUGCGCCUGGCCUACUCGCUGGGCAAGGACUUCGCGUCUCUGCAGGGGAGGCUGGAGGAGAGCCAGCUCCGAUGGCCCAGCCACCGGGGCUUCUCGCUCAAGGAGCUCACCGUGCGGGAGUACCUGUCCUGAGAGGGUCACCGCUGCGCUGCGUGGGUUGUUCGGGGCCGGGCUUAAGGAGAGGGGCUCUGGCUCCCGCGUGACUUUGUGCCAGCCUCUCCUCUGAUCUGCCUUGCACAGAGGGGCCGGCUUGUAUCUUGUGCCCCCUGGGGGCCAGUUCAGUUCAUCUCAAUACCACAAACCCUGCAGGGACAAUUCUGGAGAGUAAGGUGAACCUUACUGAUGUUUUUAUGGAGAGUGAAGACGUUUACAUCCAAAUCAAGAUAUAGCUCAGUCCACGUGCCUGGAAGACCAUGUCUGCAGCAGUGCUGGGUCUUUCCUCUGCUCUUAGUCUCUCAGUAUUGCUUAUAAAUAGUCCCACCCUGCUAGUGUGGUGCUGCAUGCCUAUAAUCCUACCACUCUGGGAGGCUGAGGCAGGAGGAUCAUGAAUUCCAGGCCAUCACGGGCUACAUAGUGAGACUGUCUCGAUAAGUAAAUAGUCCUACUCAUUGUCCUAAUGUUCUAGCACUUCUCCCUUAGCAUAUAGACAGACUCCACUUAGCAAAUCAAGAGCUCACCUAUUACCCUCAAGGACAGCUUCUCCUCCUCAGCUCUCCCUAGGUGGAGGCUGUGUGCUAUCCUUUGAAGGGCAGCAGACCAGAAAGCAAUAGUGCCAUAGGAUUCUAGGAUAGCCGUUUUUAGCAAGGGGGGUGGCUAGUAUAUCCCAGCUAGAGUGGGGGGACAUAGAGCCUUGGGGUGGACUUUUACUCACCAGACACCUGCUCCUCGCAUGGCUUUGCUGGAAGGGGAGCGAUGAUAUCUUCCAGGAGAGUCAGUCUUCAAGGAGCCCCCCCUUUGAGGGUCAGUGUUCUCCUAGCCUCUCUGAUGGGCUGAGCUGCCCUUGACUGAAUUCCACUGUCAGAAAAGAAUGCAGCACCAGCCCAAGCAAGAGGAGGACUCGGACCAGGGGGCUGAGUCAGUCCUGCAGGCCACUUUGGGCCCAGUGUGUGUUUGAGGCUGGAAGACCCUAGAAACCAAAAGCAGCACCUGGCUGAGCUUCUCGGGGUGUAACUUGGAAAUGGGAAUGUGGGGCUCCACUUUGGUCUGUGCAAUAGUCUGGUCCCGGGAGAAAGACAAGGUAGCGGUGUAGAAAGCAUUUCAGAAACUGCACUAGAAUCUGUUCAGCAUGACACUGUGUGGCGGCCCCGUAGGGCCCCUUGGGCUCGACCUGGCAGAGGGCCCAAAAGCAAGCUCCGAGUCUCAUUGUACUCCUAGAAAAGAACCCUUCAAGUGGGAGAGAAUAGAUUGUUUGAAAAACUGAGCUGAUGGAAAAUUGUGCUGUAUCAUGGCAAAAUAAAAGUUGUGAGUCUGUUUGUAAUGGUGAAGCAGAUCAUAUUGAUUUUAUAAAUAUUUCAUCAAACCUAAAAUGUUGUCAGUUGUGAAAUGCACCAAAGGCUUGCUAAGAAGAAAAAAAAUUCCCAACAUGAAUAAUUUGAUAAGAAAUUCCAGCAGAAAGCUGGGAGACCAAAGAGUUAGCUCCCCAGUGUAACAGAAUAAACCUGCUGCUAUCACAAAA